AUGGGCCGCCUCCAAGGAAAAAACGCUGUUAUCACCGGUGCCGCGGGUGGCAUCGGCCUCGAGACCACCAUCCUCUUCGCCCGUGAGGGCGCCAGCGUGCUCAUGGGCGAUAUCUCAGAGCCCGCCCUGGCCAAAGCCAUCGCCAAGGUGAAGGAGGUCGUCCCCAACGCAGGUCGUAUCGAGACCAUCCGCUGCGACGUGUCCAAGGAGGCCGACGUGCAGGCCAUGAUCGAGUCUCAGGAUAGCUGGGGCGGUAUGGACAUUAUUUUCAACAACGCGGGCAUCAUGCACGCCGACGACGCCGACGCAGUUGACACACCCGAGAAGAUCUGGGAUCUUACACAGAACAUCAACGUCAAGGGUGUCUGGUUCGGUUGCAAGCAUGCCGUAUUGGCUCUGCGCCGUAACAGCAAAAAGAACGGUAGCGUUAUCAACACUGCUAGUUUCGUCGCUUUAAUGGGAGCUGCUACACCCCAGCUUGCCUACACUGCUAGCAAGGGCGCAGUCCUUGCUCUGACUCGCGAGUUGGCUGUUGUGCACGCUCGUGAGGGCUUCCGCUUUAACUCUCUCUGCCCCGGUCCUCUGAACACCCCCUUGCUGCAGGACUGGUUGGGCGACGACCACGCCAAGCGUUUCCGUCGCGAGGUCCACUUCCCCAGCGGCCGAUUCGGCGAGGCUGUCGAGCAGGCUCAAGCGGUUCUUUUCCUGGCUAGCGACGAGAGCAGCUUCGUCAACGGCACUGACUUUGUUGUCGAUGGUGGAUUGAGCAAGGCCUAUGUCACCCCGGAGGGCCCCGCGCCGGCCGCGCCCAAGAACAACGCCCAGUAG